UACGUCAUUUACGCGCCUGUGUGAUCUCAGCACAUGCGCCGCUAUGUUUUGAAAGCCGGGGCAGCCUGUUACUGCACUUUUUAGCUCUGCAUAUGCACAUAUUUCUACACAUUUUUUAUGAUGCAUCUAAUAUAAGGGCAAAUGAAAACAUGCCAAAGUCUGUGAAGAAGUCCUGCACCGCUCAGACCUCCAUCAGCAGGUACUUCGGAGGACUGAGCAGCAGCGGUGCCUCCAACACUCAGUGUGGGAUUAACCCGAAGCCUGCGCAGCACCAGCUUUCAAGAGGCAAGAAGAAACUUUCAUCUGAUGGACUUGGAUUGCCAACAAAACGAGCCAAGCUUUCUGACCAACACCAGCAGGCGGAGGGUUUGGACUGUGAGCCUGCAUCCUGUCUGAGCACUAAAGAGACACCCCAGACUUCGAGCCGAGGAGCAGCAGGCCUCUGCUUCUCCACCUUGGCGAAGCUGAAAGGCUUCACCUGCUCAGCUGAGCCCAGUGAUGCUGCUAGCAGUAACAUCUGUGACAGAGGAAGCAGCGUUUUGCCUCCUUGUGAUGUUAUAGCACACAGCAAUAACAACACACUUGAACAGACAGAGGAGGAGCAUGAGGAUGAAGACAAGGAGGGUCCAGGGCUGGCUGCUACAAAACAGGGGUUCCGCUUCUCUCAGUUUGCAAAGUUAGGAGGAGGAGGAGGAGGAGGAGGAAAAGGAAAAGGAAAAGGAGGAAGGGUUGCAGAGCUGAGUCCCCCAUCAGACUCUAGCACCCCCUCCAGGCGCUCAAAGAGCACAUACACUCCCCUGGAACAGCAGGUCAUCCAGCUGAAACAGCUACAUAAGGAUGCACUGUUGGCAGUGGAGUGUGGUUACAAGUACAGGUUCUUUGGAGAGGAUGCAGAUAUUGCCGCAAAGGAGCUGAAUAUCGUCUGUCACCUGGAUCAUAACUUCAUGACGUGCAGCAUUCCCACGCACCGUUUGUUUGUUCACGUCAGGCGCUUGGUGUCCCAGGGGCACAAGGUUGGUGUUGUUAAGCAGACGGAGACGUCUGCGAUCAAGGCAUCAGGGGCCAAUAAGAACGCUCUGUUCACUCGUCAGCUGAGUGCUCUGUACACCAAGUCCACUCUGGUGGGAGAGGAUGUGAACCCGGUCUGCAGACUGAGGGAUGAGGAGGAGGGGGGCUGUGGGGACGUGGUGUUGGACCCUCCAGAAAGCUUCCUGCUGUGUGUCAGUGAGACCUGGGACAAACCGAAGAAGCAGCUCACUGUGGGGCUGGUGGCGGUUCAGCCGAGCACAGGAGACGUGUUACUGGACUGCUUCCCUGAUGGUCCGUCUCGCUCUGAGCUUGAGGGUCGCAUCCUAAAGAUCAACCCUGUGGAGAUCCUCGUGCCCUCUGACCUCUCAGAACAAACCCACAGGCUCCUGCAGAGCAUCGCCAAUGCCAGCGCUCAGACUGAUGACCGGGUGAGAGUGGAGAAAAGGGACAGCGCUCAGUUCGAGUUUGUCUCUGCAAUGAACACAGCCACCGAGUUCUACUGCCACACCCAGCAGAAAGGCUCUAGCUCUCUGUCGAGCGUGGCAUCCUUAGAGAGCCCAGUGAUCUGCUGCCUUGGGCCGCUCAUCCAGUACCUCCAAGAAUUCAACUUAGAAAGAGUUCUCAGGAGUGAAAGCUCAUUCCGCCAUCUGUCCAGUGAGUCGGAGGGUCUGAUCCUCAGUGCCUCCACCCUCAGGAACCUGGAGAUCCUCAACAAUCAGACAGAUGGUGGUGUGAAGGGCAGUCUGUUGUGGGUUUUGGACCACACUCGCACUCCGUUUGGGAGGAGACUGAUGAGGAAGUGGGUGAGCCAGCCCCUCACAGACCCUCAAUCUAUCUCAGAGAGGCAGGAUGCUGUGCAGGAGAUCCUGGAGUCACAGUCACUCACUUUAAAUUCCAUCAAAUCCCUGCUGUCGCAUUUGCCCGACCUGGAGAGGGGAAUCUGCAGCAUAUAUCACAAAAAGUCGUCCACGCAGGAGUUUUACCUCAUUACUAGCAGUCUGUCUCGCCUGGGAAAUGAGCUGCAGGCCUUUCUCCCAGCUAUCCAGUCUCAGAUCAGCUCUGCGCUGCUCCGAGGCCUCUUAGUGGACACUCCUGACCUGCUGGCUCCAGCCCACAGCCACCUUAAGGUGCUCAAUGAAAAGGCUGCAAAGUCUGGAAAUAAGACAGAGCUGUUCUCCGAUCUGUCCGGCUUCCCUGUGCUGCAGGAAAGGAGGGAGCAGAUCCAGACUGUCAUCGACGAGAUUCAAGAUCACCGCAAAGAAAUCCGCCUGCAGCUGAAGGCCCCGGCACUCGACUACAUCACCGUCUCUGGACAGGAGUUUCUGAUUGAGGUGAAGAACUCACUGUCGUCCACUGUUCCACCUGACUGGGUCAAAAUCAGCAGCACCAAGGCAGUCAGCAGGUACCACUCUCCUUUCCUGGUGGAGCGCUACAAGAAGCUGCUGCAGCUCCGAGAACAGCUGCUGCUAGACUGCCAGAGGGAGUGGACCAAUUUUCUGGACCAGUUUGGGGAGCACUAUCACACCAUGAAAAGGGCUAUUAGUCACCUAGCAACCACAGACUGUCUCUUUUCAUUGGCUGAGGUGGCUAAACAAGGGGACUAUUGCAGGCCGGAGGUGUGUGAAGGUCAUCGUGAGAUUAUGAUCAGGGAUGGCAGACACCCAGCCAUCAACUUACUGAUGGGAGAGCACAACCAGUUUGUGCCCAACCUCACCGAAUUACAGGGUGAUGGCAGAAGAACUAUGAUAAUCACUGGUCCUAAUAUGGGGGGAAAGAGCUCCUACAUCCGACAGGUGGCCCUGAUCUGUGUUAUGGCUCAGAUGGGCUCCUACGUCCCGGCCUCUGAGGCCCGUCUGGGGGUGCUGGACGGCAUUUACACCAGGAUGGGCGCUUCAGACAACAUCUACAAAGGGCGCAGUACGUUCAUGGAAGAACUGACUGAAGCCUCAGAGAUCAUUUCCCACGCAACCGAGCGUUCAUUGGUCAUCCUUGAUGAACUGGGACGUGGCACGAGCACCCAUGAUGGGAUUGCCAUCGCCUAUGCCACCCUGGAGUACUUCAUCAGAGAUGUGAAAGCCCUCACCCUGUUUGUGACCCAUUACCCUCCUCUGUGUGAGCUGGAGCGGGUGUACCCUGAACAUGUGUCUAACUACCACAUGGCUUUCCUACUCAAUGAACCCGACAUCACUGCUGACACUGAUGAUGGAGAGGUUCAGCCAGAGUUCAUCACUUUCCUCUACCAAUUAACUGAAGGAGCUGCAGGGCGGAGCUACGGCCUAAAUGUGGCCCGAUUGGCUGACAUCCCAGACCCUAUCCUACACACUGCUGCACGCAAAGCCCGAGAGCUGGAGUGCUUGGUCAACGCCAGGAGGAAGAAUAAAAAACUUCUCUUCGAUCUUUGGAGCAUCUCGGACAGAUCAUCUCUCAUGGAGUGGCUCCAGUCAGACUGUUGACACCACUGCAACAUCCGGACACACACAUUAAGAAGAGAAAACACAGCUAUCAGUGAAUGAUCAUGUUCAAACAUACAAAGAAAUGUGCGGUAGAAACUUGUUUCAUACUUUGGGAGAAGGGUGGUUGUUGCUGCUCUCUCUCUCUCCAUGUUUGAGGAUAAAAGGAUUUUAACCAUCUCAGGUUUUGGUUAUCCCCGUCACCUGUACUGUAACCUAAUUGUUGUAACAUUAAUUAAUAUCCACUGAUCAAGAUUUUACCUACCAUACUAAAUGUGACAUCAGUGUUUUUGGUGAUUAAAUGAAGAGA